CCGUUUGUUAUUUAGAAACAUCAAAACGAGGCUACACAAUCGUCUUGUUGGAGAGGCCUAAUUUGACCACUGCAGAGUUGGAGAAAGAUGAUAUCAUCAAACUGUGCGAGGAUUGGCAGGAAAUGGACCUUACCUUUAAAAAGAUUAUGCAGAUAUUUAAAGUAUCAAUAUUCUUCAAUGCCUGAUCAGGCAAAUUUGACUAAAGUUUCACAAAAUGAUGGGAUUUGUAAUAUAGUACUCCAUGAUUCAAGAAAGAGAAAUUCACUUUCUGCUGGAAUGCUGGAUGAAUUAAAAAGAAACUUGUAUGAAGCUUCAGAAGACAAAAACACAAAAGUCAUAAUUUUGUCAGCAAACGGACCAGUAUUUUCAGCUGGGCACAAUUUGAAAGAGUUGCUUGCAGAGGAGGGAAAAGAAUUCCAUGAACAGCUUUUUCAGCGAUGCUCAGAGGUCAUGUGUCUUGUACAGGAUGUCGAGGUUCCCGUCAUUGCGCAAGUCAGAGGUUUAGCAACUGCAGCAGGAUGCCAACUUGUUGCAAGUUGUGACCUUGCCGUCGCCUCCGAAAACGCAAAAUUUGCUACUCCUGGGGUGAGCAUUGGCCUCUUUUGCUCGACUCCUGCAGUGGCUAUUGCAAGGGCUCUACCAAGGAAGGUAGCAAUGCAGAUGCUUCUUACUGCCAAACCAAUAACUGCACACGACGCACUGAAUCAUGGACUUGUUAAUAAAGUUGUGAAAGACGAGGACCUAGAAGAAACGACGCUUGAGGUUGCCAGAGGAAUUGCCUCGUUUAGCCGUCCGGUGAUGGCACUUGGAAAGAAAUGUUUUUACAAUCAAAUAUCAAAACCACGAGAUGAAGCAUAUAGAAUUGCAGAGUCUGCUAUGGUACACAACCUCACGUUCACUGAUGCACAAGAAGGGAUCAACGCCUUUUUGCAGAAAAGAAAACCUAACUGGACUGACAGCUAGUUUUCGUAUCUUUGAAUGACUGCUGAUAUGUAGGCCAUUGAUCUCCCUGCCACUGUUGUUCUCUGUUACUUCGUAGGACAAAAAAACAGUACCCGCCACUCUCUUUAUACUGAGUGCAAAUGAUAUAUAUUUUCCUUGUAAAAUUUGGACAGAAGGAGGACAGCUUACACAAUCAGUAUCAGGUCAUGGUAUCACAAUAUUGAAACAUCCUUCUGUACAACAUAGAGCAUUCAAAUGUACAGCUCCAGUUGGUUAUGCCACUAAUAAGAUUUUCAUACCUCUCGAAUUAACCUCUUUUUAAACAAAGGGUUUCUCCGUUACGUUCUUAUAGGUGGUUUUUGCUUUCCAAAGAGACAGAGACCUUUCGCUACAUCGGUGUUAAUUUGAAUUUCCGGCUCCAAUUUUUUAUCAGAUAAGAGCUGGUGCAAUAUCUUUCUCAGUAUGAACUUUAAAUUCUCUAUAUGAGCAUCAAAAAAUCAUGCCGUAAUAUACUUCAAUUUUAAAGAAAUAGUAUUUUUGGAUAAUAUUGGUAGAUAAAUAUUUGGAUAAUGCGGAAGAAAAUGAAGAAAUGAAGAAA